AUGAGUGUAUCUGUACUACCAUCUGCUGAUGAUCGCCUAGCACAUUAUGAGGCCCAUGACAAAGCUUCAAAAGUUAAAGCUGCUAUUGAUAGUUCACGAAGAUCUGUUAAAAAACUUGCCAGAGGUACAGCUGAAAGAGUUUCUAGAGUAUUAUCCGGUGGUACAAUAGAAAAUAUUGAACAAUUAAAAUCAAAUAAUGAACCUAAAGAUCAGUUAUUUAUAAAAAAGACAAGAUGGCAAAUUGCUAUUAUGGCUAAUAUUGGUUUUUUACUAGCUUUUGGUAUUAGAUGUAAUUUUGGCGCAGCUAAAACAAGAAUGAUUUCUAAUUUUACUGAUCUUUAUGGUGUUGUUCAUCCAAAAGAAUUUCAUUGGACAGCUUCACAAUUAGGUCUCCUUGAAUCUAGUUUCUUUUAUGGUUAUGCUGCUAGUCAAAUACCUGGUGGUUUAUUAGCAGCAAAAUUUGCACCAAAUAUUCUUUUUGGUUUAAGUAUUAGUAUUGCUUCACUUAUUAAUAUUGCUAUACCAAUUGCAUUAUAUUAUCAUCCAAUAACUGAUGGAAUUGUUGUUGCAUUACAAAUAGCUCAGGGAUUAUCAUUAGGUAUUGCUUAUCCAUGUAUGCAUGGUGUUUGGAGAUAUUUUGCUCCACCAUUAGAAAGAUCAAAAUUAGUUACAACAACAUUUACUGGUGCAUAUUUAGGUGUUAUGGUUGGUUUACCAUUAUCAGCAAUUUUAGUUUCAUAUGUUUCAUGGUCAGCACCAUUUUAUUUUUAUGGUAUAGUUGGUUGUAUAUGGUUUAUUGGUUGGAUGUAUAUAUCAGCACCAUCACCUAAAGUUCAUCCACGUAUUAGUGAAGCUGAAAGAGAAUAUAUCAUUAAUUCUAUUGGUCCUGUUGCUUCAUCUGGUCAAGUUACAUUAACAACAGUUCCCUGGAAACAAAUAUGUUUAUCUGGACCAAAUUGGGCUAUAACAAUUUCAAAUUUUUGUCGUGGUUGGGUAUUUUUUUUAUUAAUUGGUAAUCAAUUAACAUAUAUGAAAGAUGUUCUUAAUAUGGAUAUUCAUAAUGGUGGAAUGUUUGCUGCAUUACCACAAUUAUCAUUGUCAAUUGUUGUAUUAUUUGGUGGGCAGGCAUCUGAUUAUUUAAGAAGUACAGGAAAAAUGAGUACAACAGCCGUUAGAAAGUUAUUUAAUACAAUUGGAUUUUGUUGUGAAGCAUUAUUGUUAUGUGUUUUAGCUUUUGUAAAAAAUCCAGUUAUUGCAAUAGCUGUUUUAACACUUUCAUGUGGUUUAAGUGGUUUUACAUUAUCAGGAUUCAAUGUUAAUCAUUUUGAUAUUGCUCCACGUUACGCUCCAAUAUUAAUGGGAAUAUCUAAUGGUAUUGGGGCAUUAGCUGGUUUAGGUAAUAUUGUUACAGAACACCUAACAGCUCAUGAUCCAGCUGGAUGGAAAGAAUGUUUCCUUUUAGCUAUGUGUAUUGAUUUCUUUGCUGCAUUAACAUUUUUAAUACUAGGAACAGGAGAAUUACAAGAAUGGGCAAAAGAAGAAGAACCACCACAGACAAUGAGUGAAAUUAUUAGAAGAGUCUCAACAGCUGUAAGGAGAAUGUCAACAAUAUCUAGAAGAAGAAAUCCAAAUACUAGGAGAACAGGAAUACAAAAAUUAAGAGAACAAGGUAAUGAAAUUGAAGGUAUUUCAAAUUUUGGAGCUUCAAUAGGAUCAGUUUCAUUUGCCCAUCCAGUUGUAACUUUACCAGAAGGAGAAGAAUUAGGUGAAAUAGAAAAAAAUACAUUUAUGAUGAGUAAUGCCAGUAUAUUAAAUGAUGCCAGAAGUGCACAACAUUAUUUGUAA